CUCCGCAACAACAGUAUCAACAACAUCAAUAUAUGAACCCACAAGACCCUACACAGCAAUAUCAUCAAGUGCCACAACAACAACAAUAUAUGAACCCACAGGAUCCUACACAACCAAUGCCACAACAACAACAAUAUAUGAACCCACAGGAUCCUACACAAAUGCCACAGCAACAACAUUAUAUGAACCCACAGGAUCCUGCACAGCAAAUUCCACAACAGCAACAACAAUAUAUGAACCCACAGGAUCCUACACAACAGAUUCCACAACAACAAUAUAUGACCCCACAUGAUCCUACACAACAAAUUCCACAUCAACAAUAUAUGAAUCCACAGGAUCCUACACAACAAAUUCCACAACAACAAUAUAUGAACCCACAAAAUCCUACAACACAAAUGCCGCAACACAUGCCACAACAAGCGCAAUAUAACCACAAUAUAUAA